UCUUUCUUUCUGCCCUUGAGCAUCCCGGGUAAACCCGAGCUUGUAAAGUGGGAAGAGGAGGAGGAGAGGGGGGAAGAAGGGCGGGCACAAGCCUUUCCUCAAAGUCAAUAUUUUAUACUUUUGAUACUCCUUGACGCUGGAUUUCAGUCCUCUUUUCCCAGCCGUUUCCAGAUCUAGGACACCGAUCUACCGGGCGCAGCCAUCUACGGUGUGAUAAAAAAGUAUCCGGCAGAAGGCAAAAACAAACAGCGAGCCGGGGCAGGCAGAUAACGGGAGUACAGUGAGGACCGCGGCGGGGAGCGAGUACAGUGGAUGAUCGGGGGGGGAUCUUUUUUUUUUUGAAACCCAAAGAGGGAGACGUACACCAACGCCACACAAAGUGCUGACCUGUCUUGCGGAUGCAUGUUAGAAGACAAUCAGGAGGAGCUCGGCCAGUGUGAAACGUCCAAUGGAUAUACCUGAAGACGCAGCGACUUCUCCUUCAUCCUCCCCGACCAGCUCCACUGUCUCCCAGCAGGACACCGCUCUCUGAGCCAUGGAUCCGCGUUAACAUCUCCCACCCAACUCCCUGCAACACUAUGGUUAAAGUGUAUGCCGAGAUCAAUCUCUGUAACAUUAUCUGCCUCUCCACCCACUGCCCAUCUUCCUCAGGAAGUCAGCCGUCAAAACAAGAAAGCGUCCCUCUCUCGGCUGUCUGGGGGCCGUCAAUAUCUGUGAAGAGACACUGAGCGAAAGUUGCCGAUACAGUGUUCUCCUGUCAUCUGGGAAAUUUAUCAGCCUGGAGGCGAGUAGUGUCAAUUUACCUCCACCUCUCCAUUCGCAGUACAGCAGUAUGGUGAUGGGGUUGUCCACUGUUUCCUUAUGAUCACCGCUCCAUGCGCGUCACCUCUCCUCUGAGCUCCGUGCCCCCUCACCCUGCGCCGGACCCCGCUCCAAACACCCCCCAGCCUGCCAUGCUCCUCCAGGCCGUGUUUCUGCUGCUGCUGCACUGCUUGGCCUCCACUCUGGGCCAGUACGAACUGUGCAAGUCCCUGUUGAGCACGGAUGAGGGCUCGGUGUGGGAGCAUCACGCGUGCCAGCCAAAACCCGCGUCCAUGAAAGACUACAUGCGGAUCAAGGUGGAUCCGCCCGGAAUCACUUGUGGAAACCCGCCCGAGAGGUUCUGCACUCUGGAGAACCCAUACCUGUGCAGUGACGAGUGUGAUGCCUCUAAUCCAGACUUGGCCCACCCUCCUCAGCUGAUGCAGGACAAAGAACGCAACGGUCUAAUCACCUACUGGCAGACAGUCACAUGGAGACGCCACCCAGAGCCACUGCUGGCCAACAUCACCAUGUCCUGGAACAAGAGUCUGGAGCUCACAGACGACAUCCAGAUCACCUUUGAGUACGGCCGACCUACUAUCAUGGUACUGGAUAAGUCCAUGGACCACGGACGCUCCUGGCAGCCCUACCAGUUCUACGCUGACGACUGCAUGGAUGCCUUCAACAUGCCACCCAAACGUGUGCGUGACCUCUCGCCCGCAAACAUCACGCGGGUCAUCUGCACCGAGCAGUACUCACGCUGGGUUGGCUCCAAGAACGACAAGAAUGUGAAGUUGGAGGUGCGGGCGCGCUUUGCUGUGUUUGCAGGACCGCGGCUACAGAACAUGGACAGCCUGUACACUCGCAUGGAAAGUAUGAAGGGAUUGAGGGACUUCUUCACCUUCACCAACCUUAGGAUGAGGCUUCUCAGGCCUGCCCUUGGAGGCACCUAUGUCCAGAGAGACAACCUGCUGAAGUACUUCUAUGCCAUCUCCAACAUCGAGGUACCUGCCAGGUGUAAGUGUAACCUCCAUGCCUCCCAGUGCCUGCUGCAGGAUGGGAACCUCCAGUGCCAGUGUGAACACAACACCACCGGCCAGGACUGCCAGCGCUGCAGGAAGGGCUUCAAAGCCAAAUCCUGGAAGGCUGGUUCCUACCUGCCAACACCCAAUGGAACCCCCAACUCCUGUACAAUUGCUGGUUCCCCCUCCGGUUCUAACUGUGAGUGCUACGGCCACUCCAACCGCUGCAGCUACAUCGACUACCUGAACAUUGUCACAUGCGUCAGCUGCAAGCACAACACCAGGGGCCAGAACUGCCAACACUGCAGACUGGGAUACUUCCGCAACGCCUCUGCCGAACUGGAUGAUGAGAGCGUCUGCAUCGAGUGUAACUGCAAUCAGAUGGGUUCUGUUCAUGACCGGUGUAACGGCACAGGGUUCUGCCAGUGUAAAGACGGUGCCACGGGAGCCAAGUGUGACGACUGUCUGCCGGGAUACUACUGGAAACAAGGCUGUUACCCUAACGUUUGCGACGAGGAGAUGCUCCUGUGCCAGAACGGAGGAACAUGCUACCAGAGCCAGAAGUGCAUCUGUCCUCCAGAAUUUAAGGGGGUACUGUGCCAACACUCCCGCUGCGAGGCGGGCAAGGACUGCAACGCCGCCUCUUCUCUGCACCUUACCACGGCCACCCUGCUGCUCUGCACUCUGCUAGCCCACCUGCUGGCCACGUUAACUCCCCACUGAGCCAAGAAAAAGAAAAAACCCUCAGACCAAGGAGUGUGUGUAUAUGUGUGUGUGCACGCGAGGCGAGGAGUGACCCCGAGCGGGUAGGGUCCAGUUGUGGACCCGACGAACACGCACUGCAGCACUCGCAAAAGCGCACACACUCACACGACACUAACUCGUCCCAGUCUCCUUUCAAACACACAUAUAUACACACACACACGCACAGACACACACUUCACAGGACUGUUAUGAUACGGAGUGUGUGCUCAGGUGUGAGAAGGACAAAGAGAAAAAAGGGGAGCGACCUCAGAGAAAAAAGAUGCAGACGAAGGGGGGGGGAAAUCAUACCAACCACUGUUCCCUUUAUUCCUGAGCUGGAGCAAUGUGCAUCAAACCAAAAAGCAUAAAAAAAAAAACACUUAAAUCACCACUGUUUCACUUCAAAGGGAAUGGCUGUUUUACCCAUGAGGACCUUUUCUUUUUUUGUUUUUUUCUUGGUUGAGUUAAGGAUCUCACCUCCGUUUGACUGACGGCCAGCGUGCGUGUGGUCAGACUCGGUAAGAGUACAAGACAUGUCGACACGACGGACGGGUCGGGAGGCGAGGUGCGCGUUUGAUCCUGCUGCUGAGGCCUACAUAGUAUAUUAACCAGGUUUCAUUUCUUCUCAAAAAGAUGAGACUUGAUUUUACAUUUAUUCUAUUUCUGCUGCAUUUUUUUAAAGAAUUAUAUCUUCAGUCAUUGUAUCUAAUGUGCCCACUAACAGUCGCUGAGAUUAUACAUAUUAUAUAAUAUCCAGGGGGUUACCAAUUAUAAAAAUUUAGUCACUAUUAUGGUUGUUAUAGGAAUGAGUGAUUGUUGCCACACUUAGCGAGAUUUAAUCUUCACACAGUAUUCAGGAAGCAGAAUUUAACAGAAUUUAACAGAAGUCUAAAAGAGAGAGAAAAGAUAUCGACCACGUAUCAAUAUUAUAUGACAUUAUUUGAAUAUUUUUUGUAGAAAUUAUUUUUGUUUGGAGUUACAAUAAAUUAUAAAAAAUGACAUUUACAACUAUUCCAAAUGAGCAUUUUAUUACACUGAGUGUAAACCUUGCAGUAAAUAUGACUGUUAUUUGCCUUCUUGCUUGUACUUUUUUUCAUUCAAUCAAUCAAGUUUCCACGAUUACAUGCUGUUAACAUCUUUUUGUUCCGGUGAGGUGAAAAAAGAAAAUAGAGCAAGUUGAGACAAGCGAGACAUCACUCCAAGUCAUCCAUUUGAUCUAUUUCAUUCACUUUGGACAUGGUGUUGAAUGCUCAUCAUUAUAAACAGAUUAUUUCAGUCUGAAAUCCAACAGUCUGUCUGACAAUCACAAAAAAACUGCUUUCCU